AUGGACAGCAAGCCGGUGAAACUUCUCACUUUCAACUGCUGGGGCCUUAAGUAUGUAUCGAAGCUCCGUAGACCGCGGCUCCGCGCCAUAGCAGAGAAACUAGCACACACCGACCACGACGUCGUGGCGCUCCAGGAAAUCUGGGUCGAGGAGGACUGGCAGUAUAUCGAGGAGACGUGCCUGGCCAAGUUUCCGCAUCGCCGCUUUUUCAAAUCGGGCAUCGUUGCAGGGCCUGGACUAGCGCUUCUUCUGCGAGUGCCCAUAGAGAGCACGUUUUUGUAUAGGUUCCCGAUAAACGGGCGGCCCAGCGCGUUUUUCCGCGGCGACUGGCUAGUGGGCAAAAGCAUUGCCGUGACGAUCUUGGGGUCUCACGUGCCGGGCGCCCGCCAGCUUGCCGUACUAAACAGCCAUAUGCAUGCGCCGUACAAGCAGCAUGGAGACGCGUCUUACUCCACUCACCGGGCAUGCCAGGCAUGGGACUUGCUGAAGCUCGUGAAGGUUUUGCAGCGUGCCGGGUAUGCGGUUGUGCAGGUGGGCGACUUGAACUCCAAGCCAGGCUCCUUGCCCCAUAAACUCUUCACCCAGGAGGGCGGGCUCUCGGACUCCUGGGAACUGCUCCACGGCGAGAACACUCUUCCGAACGACGAGAUUGCACUUUUGAGUCCGCACGAGCAAAUCACGCGAGGCGGAAUCACAUGUGACUCCCGUCUCAACACAUGGCGGGCCCACAGGGAGCCCUGGGAGGCGUGCCGCUUGGAUUAUGCGCUUAUCGACCGGAGAGCGCUUACGCCUGUGGCGGCAGAGGUGCUUUUCACGGACUUGCUAAAGGCACCGUACUCGUGCUCCUACUCGGACCAUUUUGCAUACAGCGUGACGUUGCACUUGAAAGACCAGCAAUACCUGGAACCAGUUGCGUCUAAGACUGAGCUUGCCAAAUUGUACGGGGAGACAUUGAGCGAGCUCCAGACCUACAUUGACCACACCAUCCCAUUCCAGAGCAACUGGCGCAAACUCCACUUUUUCGCCUCGCUCGUUGCCGUGGUGGUGAUUCUCGUGGGCAUUGCAUUUGCUUCCGCGGUACAACCGUGGGUAUCUGUGCUCUUGGCUUUGGCCAGCACUCUCAUUGCAGUCACUGGCGUGGUGAAUGGAAUGAUCUGUUUUCUUGGUGUGCGCUCGGAAAAGAGGGCGUUGCUCGAGGUGAAAAUGGAGGUCGAGGACUCUUUGCGGGGAAUUCAGCGUGGGACAAGCUAG